CUGUUCUAUGUUCAGGUUUUGAGUACCUGUGUCUACCGAAAAUUGUCAGGUAACUACCAGCAGCCAGGGCAAGACUUCGUGCCGCUACUGGUUGACUUCAAACAAAGUGCAGCAGCAGUGGGCAAGAUCCCUACCAAUUACUUGCGUCGUGAACUCGGUCAGACAGAUGCUGAUAUUCUUGCUUCUCGAGUAAUCGACCGAUCUCUUCGCCCCCUGUUUCCCAGUGGCUGGCUCCAAGAAACCCAGAUAGUGGUGAAGCCUCUCUCCGUUGAAAAUGAAAGUGACGUCGUGUUGCUGGGUUUGAAUGCAGCUGCUGCUUCGCUUCACUUGUCGGCAGUGCCAUGGCACGGCCCCGUAGCAGCCGCUCGUGUGGGGCUAAUUGAUGACAAGGUAGAGAUUUUUUUUCUC